AAAGGUCCUCGGCCAUUGUCUAAUCUCUGAAUCCAGAAGGAAGCUCUCGAGAGCUGAAGCACACCAUCACCAGCAGCAGCAGAAGGAGGGAGGCGGAAAUGGCGAAGUCGAGCGCCGACGAUGAGGAGCUCCGGCGAGCCUGCGAGGCGGCGAUCGAAGGCAAGGAGAAGGUCGUGAUGUCGAUCCGCGUCGCCAAGAGCCGCGGGAUCUGGGGCAAGUCCGGCAAGCUCGGCCGCCACAUGGCCAAACCUCGAGUCCUCGCCCUCGCCACAACAUCAAAAGGCCAAAGUGCAAAAGCUUUUCUUCGGGUUUUGAAAUACUCCACAGGUGGUGUGCUAGAGCCAGCAAAGUUAUACAAGCUGAAGCAUCUUACCAAAAUUGAGGUUAUGAAUAACGAUCCAAGUGGAUGCACAUUUAUGCUGGGAUUUGACAAUCUUAGAAGCCAAAGUGUUGCUCCACCUCAGUGGACCAUGCGGAAUACGGAUGAUCGGAAUCGCCUUCUACUUAGCAUUUUAAAUGUAUGCAAAGAUGUACUUGGUCAUCUGCCGAAGGUAGUCGGAAUAGAUGUUGUUGAAAUGGCUCUUUGGGCUAAGGAAAAUACACCUACAGUUACAAGACUAACAACUCAAAGAAGUGUGCCAGACAGUCCUGUUGCUGCUUCAGCUGCAGAAAGUGAUCUGAAAGUGAAUGUUGAGAAAGAACUUGUCUCUCAGGUUGAGGAAGAGGACAUAGAGGCUCUUUUGGGCACUUAUGUUAUGGGUAUUAGUGAAGCUGAGGCUUUUUCUGAAAGGUUGAAGCGAGAACUUCUUGCAUUAGAAGCCGCAAAUGUGCAUGCCAUUUUGGAAAGCGAACCAUUAAUAGAAGAGGUGUUGCAAGGCCUUGAGGCAGCAACACUCUGCGUUGAGGAUAUGGACGAAUGGUUAGGCAUCUUCAAUGUGAAGCUUAGACAUAUGAGGGAGGACAUAGCAUCGAUUGAGACACGCAACAAUAAGUUGGAGAUGCAGUCUGUAAAUAACAAAGCAUUGAUAGUGGAACUUGAUAAGCUUCUUGAACGGCUGCGUGUUCCUUCCGAGUAUGCAGCAUGUCUAACUGGGGGCUCUUUUGAUGAGGCGAACAUGCUUAAAAACAUUGAGGCAUGUGAGUGGUUGACUAGUGCUUUGCGAGGCCAUGAAGUACCGAAUUUGGACCCUAGCUAUGCAAACAUGCGAGCUGUCAAGGAAAAGAAAGCUGAACUUGAGAAACUUAAGUCUACAUUUGUUCGAAGAGCCACUGAGUUUUUAAGAAACUACUUUGCUAGUUUGGUGGAUUUUAUGAUAAGUGACAAGAGUUACUUUUCUCAGCGGGGACAGUUGAAAAGGCCUGACCAUGCUGAUUUGCGGUAUAAAUGCAGAACUUAUGCGCGCCUCCUGCAACAUUUAAAGAGUCUUGACAAGAACUGCUUGGCUCCAUUGAGAAAAGCUUAUUGCAGCUCCCUCAACUUACUUCUUCGCAGGGAGGCACGUGAGUUUGCAAAUGAGCUUCGUGCUAGUACAAAAGCAUCGAGGAAUCCCACAGUCUGGCUUGAAGGUUCAACAGGCUCCAGUCAAAGUGUGAACAAUUCAGACACUUCUACCGUUUCUGAGGCCUAUGCGAAGAUGCUUACCAUUUUCAUCCCACUCCUUGUGGAUGAGAGCUCUUUCUUUGCCCACUUCAUGUGCUUUGAGGUUCCUACACUUGUUCCAUCAGGGGGUGUUAGUAAUGGUACUAUAAAUGGGGCUCAUGGUGAUGAUGAUGAUGAUUUGGGCAUCAUGGAUAUAGAUGAUGAUGAUGAUGGUAAAGCUGGCAAAAGCUCUGCCGAGCUUGAAGCACUUAAUGAAUCACUUCAAGAGUUGCUUGAUGGUAUCCAAGAGGAUUUCUAUGCUGUGGUGGACUGGGCUUACAAGAUAGAUCCCUUACGCUGCAUAUCUAUGCAUGGAAUCACAGAGCGGUACCUUUCUGGCCAGAAAGCUGAUGCUGCUGGCUUUGUGCGGCUCUUACUUGAUGAUCUGGAGUCCAGAAUUUCUAUGCAAUUCAGCCGCUUCGUUGAUGAAGCUUGUCAUCAGAUUGAGAGAAAUGAACGCAAUGUUCGGCAGACUGGUGUUUUGUCGUACAUCCCCAGAUUUGCAACUCUGGCGACACGCAUGGAACAGUACAUUCAAGGGCAAUCAAGGGAUCUAGUUGAUCAGGCAUAUUCUAAGUUUGUCAACAUAAUGUUUGUGACAUUGGAGAAAAUUGCUCAAGCCGACCCAAAAUAUGCAGAUAUAGUUCUUCUAGAGAAUUAUGCGGCAUUUCAGAACAGCUUGUAUGAUUUAGCUAACGUUGUACCUACCCUAGCCAAGUUCUAUCAUCAAGCAAGUGAAGCUUAUGAACAAGCUUGCACCCGUCAUAUCAGCACGAUCAUUUACUAUCAAUUUGAAAGGCUUUUUGCAUUUAAUCGGAAGAUUGAGGAUUUGUUGUACACAAUCCCUCCUGAAGAGAUUCCUUUCCAACUUGGUCUAUCAAAGAUGGAUCUUCGGAAGAUGUUAAGAUCCAGUUUAUCUGGUGUUGACAAGUCCAUCAGUGCGAUGUACAAGAAGUUGCAGAAGAACUUAACGUCUGAUGAACUAUUGCCUUCUUUAUGGGACAAAUGCAAGAAGGAGUUUUUGGACAAGUACGAGAGCUUUGUGCUGCAGGUUGCCAAGAUCUAUCCUAAUGAAAGCAUCCUGUCUGUAGCUGAAAUGCAGGAAUACCUUGCUUCCAUGUAAAAAGAAAAUUUAUGAGCCGAUUUUGGUUGUUUGUAUAAUCUGCACGAGUUUAUUGAAUUGGUUCUUCGGUUUCUUUGUGAGACUGUUACAAUACUGUAAAAUCUCUUGUACAAGUAUAUAGCAGAAUAAGUUAAUUGUUUUCGGUUUCCUGUGUAAGUUGAUGAUAUAUUGGAUUCUGCUGUUCAAAAAGUCUCCGCUGCAUAGUUAUUGAUAUUUGCUCCUUGAGGUUAA